GUCAAUAAUAAAAUGGCAGAAUCACAUCAAGGUAAUUGUUGACUGUGAAAUCAGUGCGGGUAGUGCUUAUAAUCAAUAAAAAUAAUUAUAAUUAAUUUAAUUAUGUGAAGAAAUUUAUAAAAAAGUUUAUGAAGAAAGUAGCCAUCGAACACGCAAGAUUUUAGUCUGUCUGAAGGGAAUAAUUGACCAGUGCUUCAAUCGAUCCACCUAGUCGUGCUUGCUGCGAGCUAUGACAGUAGUCAUGGAACAAGUUAAUUGGAAUCCUGCAUUAUCAACACUCUUGAACUCGCUCGAAGAGAACAAGUCUGAAAUACCUAGCUGCACUGACGAAGAGUUUGGCUUUCUGAGUGAUUUGCUCCGGUCAAAAGAAUUAAAUGCACUCGUUAACGUUCACAAAAAGAUCCAGUCCAAUGCCGAAGACGACAAAUUCUUCCCCGUGCUGUCCAACUCAAUGGACAUCGAUGUAGAAAUUCUGGAUAUGCUGGCGUCUAAGACACAUGGCUCGGAAUUGUGUCGGGAGUUGUUUCAUUUGCUACAAAAACCUCACAUACAGGGUCUACUAUGUACGCACGACGCAGUUGCUCAAAAGGAUUACUACCCACGUCUCUCAGAAAUCCCCUUGGAAGUAGACGAGGACGAGGAGACUGUGAAGAUAGUCCAGCUGGUGAAGUCAGAUGAGCCACUGUGCGGUGACGGCGUUGAACCGAUCGUGGGAGCAACGAUUAAGACCUGCGAGAUAACAGGGAAGAUCGUGAUAGCAAGAAUAAUGCACGGUGGUGCUGCUGACAGAUCUGGGCUAAUCCACGUGGGAGACGAAGUUUGCGAAGUUAAUAAUAUAAGUGUCGAAGGUAAGACUCCUAACGAUGUGCUGAAGAUUCUUCAGAACUCCGAGGGGACUAUUACCUUCAAAAUCAUUCCGGCUGACAGUAAAGGCGGCAUCAGAGAAAGCAAGGUCCGUGUUAGAGCUCACUUUUCAUAUAAAGCAGCCGAUGAUCCUUAUAUUCCCUGCAAAGAAGCCGGAUUGGACUUUAACAAAGGCGACGUUCUGCACAUAGUCAGCCAGGAUGACGCUUACUGGUGGCAAGCCCGCCGAGAAGGAGAUAGAAAUAUGAGAGCUGGAUUGAUUCCCAGCCGAGCGCUUCAGGAGCGUCGUAUAAUCUUAGAGCGCCAGCAGAAGGAUAAGACUGACGAUGAAGAAGAUAACUUGAAGAACGACGAUUUUGAUCGCGAAGAGAUUCCCACUUAUGAGGAAGUCGCCAAGUUGUAUCCGAGACCUGGACUUUAUCGUCCAGUUGUACUUAUUGGUCCUCCUGGAGUUGGCAGAAAUGAAUUGAAGCGGCGACUUUUAGUUACUGAUCCUGAUAAAUAUAAGACACCUGUACCAUACACAUCAAGACCACCACGACCUGGAGAAGUAGACGGCAAAGAAUACUACUUCGUAACUCGGGAACAAAUGGAGCAAGACAUAGAAUCAGGAAAGUUCAUAGAAUACGGCGAGUACAAAGGCAACCUCUAUGGUACCAGUGGUGAGAGUGUCAGCUCGCUGAUAAACGCCGGGUUUGUUUGUCUUCUCAGUCCUCAUUACCAAGCUCUGAAAAUGCUGCGUACGCCUUACUCGAAGCCAUACGUGAUCUAUAUAAAGCCUCCGCGGUUUGAAAUCCUAAAAGAGACCAGAAAUGAGGCUCGCGCUCGAUCAACCUUCGACGAAUCAAACUCUCGAGGAUUCACCGACGACGAGUUCAACGAGAUUCUUCACAGCGCAGCUCGCAUUGAGUUCCUCUACUCGCAUCUCUUCGACGAAGUUAUCGUCAACGGAGACCUGGCCAUCGCAUUCGAGCAGCUGGUCACUGCGAUACACAGGGUUGAAAGCGAGCCGCUGUGGGUUCCCGCUUCUUGGGUCCAGUGAAGAAUAUCAAGUCAUUAAUUAAUUAAUUAAUUAAUUACGCGAAGAAAAAAUAUAGAGAAAUAAAUAAAUAAUAAUUAAUGAUGUUCCAUCGCCGUAAUCGGGCACCAUUUCCACUAGCUUAGUCUGUUAAGCUUCUACGUGAAUAAUGAUCACUACCCACUAAGUACCUUCAUCAUAAUCUUCCACUUGGUUAUCAAGCAAAAGUAAAUCAUUAAAAAUUACGAUUAUUAAAUUUGUGUCAUUAUCCCCCAGGAUAAUUCCUCACUGCCAAGAGAGUAUCUCUAAUCUCGUGGUGAUCACGAAAACACAUGUUAAUUAAUUAAUAAUUAAUUAUUUUAAAAAUUUAAUUUUAAUAAUUAUUGUAAAAAAAUCGAUUUAAUUGUAUAGAGAUUUAAUGAUAAUAAUAAGUAUUAAUGGAUAAAAUAUUAGUCAAGUCGUAAACUUUUUUUUUUCUGUAAAAAAAUAAUUAUUGAAAAAUGUUUUUCUCGCUUCUUCUUGAGAAUUCACAUUGUCUUAUUUUAAUGUGAGCCGAUAAUUUUUUUUUGCCGUUCAAUCUUUUGGUCAAUCGCCUUAAUAAUACUAUCAGAAACUUUUGUAGCUAAAAAAU